AUGGCAUUCAAGUUACUUCGUUCCAAUUUGGCGCUGACUUUGCCGCAAACCAGACCGAGGGCCACCUUACUACCAGUAAGUGUUCGUUUGUUGUCCACAAGGCCACGCAAACAAUGGCAGUUGCACGAACCACACCAAAUCAGCUACGAACAGGGCCUGCCAAAGGACAGCACAGUCAGUCGCUUCAACGCGUCCACCUUGGGAGAGCUGCUGGAGAAGGCAACGCUGGAGACGCCCGAAAAGACGCUCUUCAUUGUUCACCACCAGAAUUUGGCUAAAACAUAUCAACAGUUUAAUGAUGAUGUUGACCAGCUGGCAAAAGGCCUUCUGGCCAUUGGUUGUCGCCGAGGUGACCCUGUGGGCAUCUGGGCGGUGAACUCCUACGAGUGGCUACUAGUUCAGUUUGCCACUGCCAAGAUUGGCGUCAUCUUCGUGACCAUCAAUCCGGGGUACAAAGCACAGGAGCUGGUCAACUGCAUCAACCUGGUCGGCCUGAAGACGCUCAUCAGCAAUCAGCACUUUCGCACAUCAAACUAUGUUGAAACACUAAACACAGUAUCACCCUCAUUACUCUCAACCGCCAAAGGAUGUAAAGUUCAGUCAAAAGAAUUGCCAUCUCUAGAGAAUCUCAUCUUCAUGGACGAAGCUGAAGAGACUGCACCCUCAUAUGUGAUGCGCUUUUCGGAGCUCCUUGACAAGGGAGCAGGCGAUAAAAAACUGUCAGAGCUGAUUGAGCCCAAAGAGCGCACCACAUUUGACGAUGUGAUCAAUGUGCAAUUCACAUCGGGAACAACAGGCACACCAAAGGGAGCUAUGCUGAAUCACAGCAACAUUGUCAACAAUGCCCACUUUCUGGCGCCGCGAAUGUACGAAGG